UUUCUGAUCAGGCAGGCCUGGGCAGCUUCUCCUGAAAACUGGAUUCUCUUGUUUGAAGAAAUGAGUAACUGCGCAUCUUUGAAGAAACUAUAAAGCUGUAUUUCCAUCCACUGUGACCUUUUUCCCUUGCUUUUGUUGUAAAAAAUGGAUGUUUCUUACUUUUUUUUCUUCCCUUUGGAGGACAAGAAAUUAGUCUAGAUGCAGUAAAUUGGGAGAAAUGGAAGAAAGGAAAAUCAAGAGGAGGAGCCCCAAAUCAUCUACCAGUCACCCUGCUCAGGUUACUAACUCCAAGAAAAACUCAGUGCCAGUCAGUAAAAGUACAGCCUUUUCAAAUCCUGCACCACAGCCUGCAGCACAGAAACCAAAGUUAAAACGUGUAAUAAAAGAGAAAGCCAAACCUCCAGGAGGUGAAGCAAAAGGGGCACAAGCAGCACCAAUCCAGCAUUCUUUUCUCACAGAUGUAUCAGAUGUCCAGGAAAUGGAAAGGGGACUUCUGAGUCUCCUGAAUGACUUCCACUCUGGCAAACUUCAAGCAUUUGGAAAUGAAUGUUCCAUAGAGCAGAUGGAGCAUGUGCGGAGUAUGCAGGAGAAACUUGCUCGCCUCAAUCUGGAGCUCUACGGGGAGCUGGAAGAACUCCCUGAAGAUAAAAGAAAACUAGCCAGUGACUCCAAUCUGGAUAGGCUGCUAUCAGAUGUAAGUACUGGGAAGGCAGAACACACGGAACUUUGUCCGCAAAACUCAGCUCAGGAAAACAACACUACUGGGUGGGCAGUGAUGUACAGUUGAGGAGAACAUAGUUCUGUAAAGAACCAAGACAUAAGCCCUACCCUCAUCUUGGGUUUGAGAAAACACAUUACCUUGUUUUCUUUUUCUAUAGGCUGCUACGUGUUUUGGUGAGUGGAGCAGUCUAGCUGUAAACUGUCUGAGGAUGUAAACCUGUUUAGAGACAGCCAAUGUACCAGGGAACUACGACCAUUUUC